GUGGUGGUUUACGCGUGUGGACCUUUGUGCGAGGAGGAAGAUUCUGCUGUUCAUAGGUGAGCUACGGGAGCCAGCAGACGAGACUAGGGCUCAGCAAACGUGGCAAAAAUCGAUAGCAGCAGAGGACGGGACGAGAUGCCAGUGUGUCAGGCAGUCCAGUGGCGACCGUGGCCCGGGCAGCACGCCGCUCCCCGCCCUGCGCCCGUCCCCGCCACUUGAUCCUCGCGCUCGUGUGCCGAACCCUGGGACUUGCGCCGCUAGCUCCUCCGUUCCUUCCUCCGCAGUGCCACCGCUGACCACUAGUUGCCUCAGUGCCAGGCUGCUUGCGUCCCUCUCACCACGAAGCGAGCGAGCGAGUGCGAAGAUGAAGCAUUAGCCGCGCCGCGCUUCUCUCCCUCCCACUCCUUGACGUCGGAACUCGAAACUCAAGGUCACACCGCCGCGGCCCUCGGCACCAGAGGAUCACCAAGACGCGGGUCGCGCCGCUGUCCUCUUAUCCUCCUCCUUCCCUACACCUGAGUCGUGCCCAAGGGACGUAACCCAAACCAUCGAUCCCUCCCACAAGAGCACGUGAAGAGGAAGGCGUAAUUGUUAUGCAAACUUAGGGAGGUAAUAGGCCGACCGCCGAGCGUGAGCCAGCUGCCCUGGCUUCAGUGACCGCUGCUGCUGCUGCUGCUGCUGCUGCUGCUCCUCCUACUGCUGCUGCUGCUGCUGCUGCUGCUGCACAGCCACUCCCCCGAGGCGCGUGACCGCCCCGGACCAACCAGGCCCAGAGACAGCCCCGAGGAGGUAGCGGGAUAUCCGGCCAGAGAGUGAGGUGGUCGGAGGAGGUAAAUGAGCAAAGGCGGUUGGAGGCAUUGUGCUUCUGUUGCCUCCUGCACUCCCCGAGGUAUCUGCUAGCCCACAAUACACGAGGGAUGGCGUGGCGGAGCGUGGUGGUGGUGGUGGCGUGGAUCACGGUGACGGUGGUGCACGGGGCCGAUGCGCGGGACCCCCUGGUGGUGCAGACGCUGAAAGGGUCCGUGCGGGGCAAGACCCUCACCACCGUGACUGGCCGCCAGGUGGACGCGUGGUACAACAUUCCCUACGCCCAGCCGCCCGUCGGGGAACUCCGCUUCCGUCAUCCGCGCCCGCUGGACCGCUGGCACGGCAUCAAGAACACCACCACGUUGCCCAAGGCCUGCAUCCAGCUGCCCGACACCUUCUUCGGGGACUUUAAGGGCGCAACCAUGUGGAACCCCAACACGGAGAUAAGCGAGGACUGCCUCUACCUCAACGUGGUGGUGCCCAAGCCACGCCCCAUCAACGCCGCGGUCAUGGUGUGGAUAUUCGGCGGCGGCUUCUACUCCGGCACGUCCACGCUCGACGUGUACGACUACAAGAUGCUGGCGGCGGAGCAGAACGUGAUCGUGGUGGCGCCCCAGUACCGCGUGGCCUCGCUCGGCUUCCUCUACAUGAUGAACUCAGACGUGCCGGGCAACGCUGGCCUCUUCGACCAGCUGAUGGCGCUGCAGUGGAUCCACGCCAACAUUCGCUUCUUCGGCGGCAACCCUAACAACAUCACGCUGUUCGGGGAGUCCGCCGGCGCCGUCAGUGUCAGCAUGCACCUGCUGUCCCCGCUGUCCCGGAAUCUGUUCAGCCAGGCCAUCAUGCAGUCCGGCUCGGCCACGGCUCCCUGGGCCAUCAUCAGCAAAAAGGAAAGCAUCAUGCGCGGCCUGAGGCUGGCCGAGGCCGUGGGCUGCCCGCACAACAAGAACAACCUGACCGCUGUCAUAGACUGUCUGCGCAAGACCAACGCCACCACGCUAGUCAACAACGAGCCGUCUUCUGGCAUCUGUGACUUCCCCUUCGUGCCCAUCAUCGACGGGGCUUUCCUGGACGAGCGGCCCAUCUCGUCCCUGCGCAACAACAACUUCAAAAAGACCAACAUCAUGAUGGGCAGCAACACGGAGGAGGGCUACUGGUUCAUCAUGUACUUCCUGACGGACAUUUUCCGCCGGGAGGAGGACAUCAAGGUGACCCGCAGCGAAUUCGAGGCCUCGGUGCGCGACCUGCACCCGUACUUCAACGAGGUGGUGCGCCAGGCCAUCAUGUUCGAGUACACCGACUGGAACUCCCACGACGAAGGCUCCAUGUACCGCAAUGCCAUCGACAAGAUGGUCGGCGACUAUCACUUCACCUGCAACGUGAACGAGUUCGCCCACUACUACGCCCAGGCAGGGAACAAUGUGUACAUGUACUACUACAAGCACCGCUCCUCACAGAACCUGUGGCCCAAGUGGAUGGGCGUCCUGCACGGCGACGAGAUCAGCUUCAUCUUCGGCAAGCCCCUGUACCCCGAUAAUGAAUACACCGCAGAGGAGCAGAUGCUGUCCCGCCGCAUGAUGACCUAUUGGGCCAACUUUGCCAAGACCGGGAACCCAAGCGAGGGAAGCGAGAACACGUGGAUGAACACCUACUGGCCAGUGCACACGAACACGGGCCGGGAGUACCUGACGCUGGCCACCAACAAUUUCUCCACGGGCAGAGGACCCAGACUUAAAGAAUGUGCCUUCUGGAAAAAGUUUGCGCCUAAGCUACUCAAAUUAACAGCCAAUCUGCCGAGCCAGGGUGCGGAAAAAUGCCCCAAAAUCGACAACACUUCAGGAUCCGCCGGGAGGGAGCUGGGGCUGGCGGCUGCCCUGGCCACGCCUCUCCUCAUCUACUCCUCCAUGACCCGGCCGUGAUGGGCGUCGGACCUACCUCGACACAGCGCCUCCUCCUGUACCAGCCGCUGCUACGGAGAGCGGUUGUCGAUACUGAAGACGACAAGUUGCUGUUUAAUGUCGCUUUAAGUAUGAUGAAGGUGACGAUACGUUGCUGUUUGCUGCCGCUUAGUAUGUUUACGGGGGGACGGACGAGUCGCCCCACUAGUUGAGAGCUAAUUAGCUACAGAAUCUGCCACGCUAAUACAGUGUAGACACAGAUUCCUUAGCAGUCUUAAGAGCGCUGACUAGAGUUUGAUCGUCAGUAGUUACUGAAUACGAAUAGGUAAUCAAAUACUAUAUAUCAUAAAGUCAAUGGUUACUCUAACGAAGAUGAAAACAAAAGGUACAGGGAAGGUCUGUAUACUACGCUGGGUCUCGGAUGAAAGGCCAAAGGGGAAGGAUGUACUAUUACGGGGAAAAAAAAAAAACAUAAAAGAACAGGUCCAGGGGGUGGCUGGCUGUCCGACCCUGUCUCCUUGAGGCCUCUCGGGAGCUCAGCCACGGACGAGAAAGAGGCCACUUGGUAGAGGUAAGAGACGAAAACCUCAGGACUUGUUGUACGUGAGCAUAUAAGGAUCAAAGUUCACACACACACACACAUACACACACACACACACACACACACACACACACGCACACACACACACACACACAGACACAGACACACCACACUAAUAUAACCUUGUAAGAUAAGUGUCUGAUGGGUCUGGCCACGAGGCAAGACUGCACAGCCUCCCGCCAGCCCAGCAAGCCCCGAGCGUUGAGACAGGCUGGCGGGAGGGCGGCGCUAAGAAUAAGUCAUUUCUUUCACCUGGUGAGUGCGGAGAGCAAAUCUUUCGUUCAUCCGGAAAACAAUACUAACAUUAGGACUCGUGUCGUCUCUCGCAGAUAUCAACCAAACAAACAAACAACUAGACAAACAAACCAACACUUUUUUUCCUCCCAUACCCAGUUUCCUUUAAUCGCAUCGCAUCAUAAGCUUGAAUAGAUGCUGGGAGGAGAGUGUCUUACAUUAACUAACUAACCUUACUCUUUCUCAUAUGACGCUAUACCCUCUUUACCCUCUCCCUCUCUCUCUCCCUCUCCCUCUCUCUCUCUGAAGAUAACUCACUGGACUCCACAAGCCCAUACAUAUCUUUCCUGUAGCGAUAGAGAGCAAGGGUCCACAAGUUAUCGAGUGCUGAGGCCCGUCAGUCACUCCCGCACCAGCAUUAGUUGUGGGCGGGGCGGGGCUGGACGGGGCAGGGAAGGGAGGCUGGAGAAGAGGACAGGAUGACGAGCUCCCAACACGCUGCCAUUAUCAUCAGCAGUGUGGAGAACUAAGAGAGGAGUGAAUAAGUUUGUGAGAUUGCAGAUAUUGUCUCUUCUCUGUCUCCUUGUAACUGUGCCUGCCUGUCUGUGUUUCUGUAUCUCCAAGUCUCUCUAUCUCUUCUUACAUACACAGUUGAGUUUGUCUAUCUCUAUUCCUGUCUCUCUUACUAUGUCUCCACACACACACAUACACACACACACACACAUACGCCUCUAUGUGCCGUCAGAAGGGCUUACGUACAUGUCGUGUGCUCCUGUCCGUGUGUGCGUGAUGUCUAUGUGUACAUGUGUACGUACGUUGUGUCCAAACGGGGGACGGACAGCGAGCCAUUUUGCCGGGAUAUAGUUGCUGACAUACACACACACACACACACAUUCAAUCUUCAACUCCUCUCUCUCUCUCUCUCUCUCUCUCUCUCUCUCUCUCUCUCUCUCUCUCUCUCUCUCUCUCUUUCUCUCUCUCUCUGUCUGUCACGAGAAGAGAUGAUUUAAGGAUGAAAAGGCGAAGAAGAACAUGAUGAUGAUGAUGGCGAUGAUGAUAAUGGUGAUGAUGAUGAUGGCGAUGAUGAUGAUGGUGAUGAUGAUGAUGGGAAGAAAGGAUUAUGAACCUGAAAUAAAUUGCCUGGAUCUUCCUUGACUGAUCCACGCCUCCUCCUCCUCCUACUCCUCCUCCUCCUCCUCCUCCUCCUCCUCCUUCUAACCACAAGACUCCUCCCGCGAUCUAGAAGCUUAAUGAAGACCUCGUGAUCUCUUACUAACUAGCUAACUGUCUAAUAAUUAACUUAUUAACUAACUAACUCUAUAUGAAAUGAUCAGAGAAUACUGUAUUAUACUAAGGGUCAUUCAAACCUCCUUGUUCCCUUCACUACACGAGCCUACAUAAGCUAUAUAUUUAAUGAGAGAGAUUAAGAGUAAGAAAUAUUCAAUAAAAUUUUAAAAAAUCACGUUUAUUGUUAGUUCACAUGUACAUUCUUGAGAAGUUUUUUCCUCUUUGUUUCGUCCUCUUUAUAGAUAAACUUUACAAAAUAUUACUAACUUAAGGGUGUCUCUCUAAUGUCAAGUGUCUAUAGAAUUUCCUGAUCGCUGGUAUGCUUGUGAGUGUUUAAAGUAUGUACAAACAUUAGAAGCAUAUAGUCGCCUUGGAUAUAUAUCUUUUUUAUGUCAUGAUAUUAACACGGCAGGUUCAAAAACAUGAUGGAUCAAACAAAAAUCAAAUCUCGUCGAAAGCGGGAAGAAAAGGACAAUCGUUGAAGGAAAAGCCAAACCUACAAAAAAAAAAAGACAAAACAAAACUAAAAAAAAACACAAAAAAAACACACACACAAAAGAAAAAAAAAAAAAACGAACGCCUCUCUAACUUACAACUAUGUGUUUUGGACCUGCUGGCCUGGGAGCCUUGAGACCCAACCUGUUAUAACACGUAGCCGAGAUCAGGCCUCGAGGAUUGGUUUACUGUUCAUUCUUUGAUCAGUUCUAGUGAAGACAAUAUUAGGGAACAUAACUCCCGAUUCUGACUAAGGAUAGAACACACACACACACACACACACACACACACACACACACACACACACACAGAGGACAAAUGAAGGUAAAAUUUGAUAAAUAUAAAUUCGGAUGCAGGAUUACACGAGUCUACUACAACUGGGCAUACACACACACACACACACACACACACACACACACACACACACACACAGCUGUUACCCUCUCGUGCGUACUGUGCAUGAGACGAUACAUGGACACCUCUAUCCUCCGCUAAUGACGUGCUUCAUUUUACGGAAGCACAGGUAAUGUUAUGUGUCUUGCAUGUGUAAAUAUAUAACAGUAUUUGUAGUCUCUUGAAGUAUAUAGUUAUAUUAAAAAUGUUUAAAAUAAUUAGUAGAUUUUCAUCACAACUAUUCAUAAUAUUUUGUUUGUGAUGUUGUCUGACCUCCAGUAGAUCUUGCUGUUAUGCUAUUGGUGCUUACACUUGCUAGGGUCGAUAGCCAGGUGCUCGGGUCUUCAGUAAGCUCCGCAACAUGACCUAGACAAAACAGGACCUUACUGAACCUCUAUGAGACUGGACGUUCGCCCUAGAUAGUCGCCUAGAGCAAGAGAAAUCCUCAAUAUUCAACCUCAAAUCUCCGUUACUGACCCAACACUGCCGCUGUCUCGGCCCGGUCGCGUCCCCGUCCCGGCUCCUCCCCCUGGUGGAGGGAGGCAGGCCGCGCGGGGGUGCCCUGGGGAAGGGAAAUCUCGGCCUUGGUGCCCGAAGCCCUCUGGCGCCGAGGCAAGCUACUAAGUCAGGGAGACAGUCGCCAGAGCUGGCAGUCGGCGGCUCAGGUCAUGGACAGGGAGAGAAGGAGGGCUGCAGGCAACAUCCAAGCCAGGCAGCUGCACGCUCCUCACUUUCUUACGGUGUCCUGAGGGGGAGGCCACGCGGCACCGGUGUGCGGCGGCGUGACCAUCUGCUGCCCGACACGACUGUGUGAGUGUCACGCAACACCCAGACAACACAAGGUCUCACCACUCGGCAGUGUGCAGAGGUAGCGUCACCUUGAAGUGGAGAACAGCUGUGCGGGGCUGCUGCUGCUGCUGCUGCUGCCGCAGAGCAAUGGAUGGAGUGUGGGAGUAAGGCGCGGCGGCCUCAGAAAGUACCGAAACACAGAGCAGCGGGCCGGGGACCGCCCGCGGGCCCGCUGCGUCCCAGCCUCACGUUGGCGGCGUCGGGGGGCGCGGCAGCCUCGUCAUUAUUCCCAGCUUUCAUAAGGUUCAUUUGAGGGAUGCUGCUUCAUCCCGAGGCCAUUUUUUUACCUUUAACAACAUUCAUGAUAAUCAAAUAUGACUCUGCGAAGCACUGGCGCAUUUCUAUAUUGUUUCCUAGAUUUAAGUGUUACAUGUAAUGUAUUUCAUACAUAAUCAUCAUUGAUCAUGUUAACAAACUCAAACAUUCUCUUUCGUUGUUGUUCUCCAUUCCUCGUUAAAUGUUUAUUAAAAAUUAUCUAACUGCGAUGCCAAGAUGUGCAAAAUUAAAUAAACUUUUAGCCAAA